AUGGAGCGAGACAAUACGAAAGGCUCCGACCUUACCCCAUUCACUUCCACCAGCGCACCGGGGUCGCAUACAAGAGCCGGAUCCAGGAGCGAAAGUCGGCUCGAAACCGGCCGCCGACAGGACAGCCUCCAGAAACCGAUGUCAGUAUUUAACAUCGUCAAAGGGCGAAAGUUCCCUAACCCAUCCCCACCGUUCUUGUCCUUACGCAACAACUUGAUCACACCCCUGGUGAAGCGUCGAGGUAAAGACCCUGCCUCAUCCAGUGGUUGUAAAUCAGCUGCAGCAAAGGAACAAAAACGGGCGACAGCCUCAAGUACACUUCGUAGGGAAGUCCAUCUAGUCCCGGAGACUUAUCCAGGCCAACCUGCUUCAGCGCAUCCCAGAUUUCCGACUCUGUUAUGGGACCCUCGCACCCUAGCCGCUUCAGCUGCCUCAAGGCAGGGAAAGCGUUUCCCACAACCGCCCCCGUCAAUUCCCUCUGAAUCAUUAGUAGCAGCUGGUCCUGGAAAUCCUGUUCACCGAAAAUUCGUUUGUUCGUCUUUCUUCUUCUUCUUCUUCUUCUUCUUCUUCUUCUUCUUCCAUGUGCCGUGCUCCUUGAGGGUCUACCGUUCUUCUUCUUCUUCUUCUUCUUCCUCCUCCUCUUUCUUCUUCUUCCUCCUCCUCCUCCUCCCCUCUUUCUUCUUCUUCUUCCUCCUCCUCCUUCUUCUUCUUCCUCCUCCUCCUCUUUCUUCGUCCCUCCUCCUCCUCUUUCUUCUUCUUUCUUCCUCCUCCUCCUCCUUCUUCUUCCUCCUCCUCCUCUUUCUUCCUCCUCCUCCUUCUUCUUCUUCUUCUUCUUCCUCUUUCUUCUUCUUCUUCUUCGUCGUCGUCGUCGUCGUGGUGUUCCUUGAGGACGUAUUGCAAUAUUUCUCUUCAUGCCGUUGUAGGUAUUGCAGUCUUUACCAACAUGCAGCUGUAUGUAAUGCAGUCUCUCCCUUCAUGCCUAUGUACGUACUGAAGUUUCUCCCUACAUGCUUCUGUAGGUAUUGCAGUCUUUCCCUACAUGCCGCUGUGGUCUUUUCCUUCGUUCCACUGUACGUAUUGCAGUCUUUACAUUCAUGCUUCUGCCGGUAUUGCAGACUUUCCUUUCAUGAUUCUGUAGAUAUUGCAGUCUUUCCCUUCAUGCCUAUGUAUUGCAGUCUUUCCCUACAUUCCUCUGUAGAUAUUGCAGUCUUCCCUACAUUCCUCUGUAGGUAUUGCAGUCUUUCUCUUCAUGACACUGUAGGUAUUGCAGUCUUUCCAUUCAAGUCUCUUGAUCUAUCUAUCUAUCUCAUUCUGUUCAUAUCUAUCUAUCUAUCUAUCUAUCUAUCUAUCUAUCCCAGUCCGUUCGUAUCUAACUCAGUCUGUUCGUAUCUAUCUAUCUAUCUAUCUAUCUAUCUAUCUAUCUUAGACUGUUCAUUUUCUAUCUAUCUAUCUAUCUAUCUAUCUAUCUAUCUAUCUAUCUGUGUAUUCGUUCGUAUCUAUCUCAGUCUAUUCGUAUCUAUCUAUCUAUCUAUCUAUCUAUCUAUCUAUCUAUCUAUCUAUCGUUGUCUGUUCAUUAUCUAUCUAUCUGUUUGUACCUAUCUCAGUCUGUUCGUUUCUAUCUAUGUCUGUCUGUUCGUGUCUGUCUAUCUAUCUGUUCGUAUCUAUCUGUCUAUUCGUUUCUAUCUAUCUAUCUAUCUAUCUAUCUAUCUAUCUAUCUAUCUAUCUCAGUCUGUUCGUUUCUAUCUAUCUAUCUAUCUAUCUAUCUAUCUAUCUAUCUCAGUCUGUUCGUUUCUAUCUAUCUAUCUAUCUAUCUAUCUAUAG